AUUUUUGUUUUUAAUUGAAAAAUUAUUUGAAAAUUGAGAAAAAUGCCCAAGAACAAAGAACCAGUUGAAAUUAAACUAGAAACUGUACAAAAAGAUCCUCGAUAUAAAAGCCAAAAUCAAACACGUUAUUGCUAUGAGAGCUAUGUUGACUAUUAUCGAUGCCAAAAAGAACAUGCUGAUGACAAGGAUCAAUGCAAUUCAUUUAAGAAAGCUUUUACAGUAAUGUGCCCUAACGAUUGGAUUUCAAAAUGGGAUGACCAACGGGCAGCUGGAACUUUUGCUGGAAGAAUUUAAAAUAAUAACACAACUUGAAGAAUUAUUAAAAAUUAAAAUAAAUAUUAUUUUGCAAUCUCUGUAAUGAAUAGAGAAUGUAUGUAGUUUAA